AUCACCCCGCGCCGCCACGUGACGCGCCACCAUCAUGUCGGCGCUGGGGGCCAUGGAGGCGGCGGCGGGGCCGGGGCCGGGCGCGGGGCCCGGGGGAUCCCUGUUCCGACCCCUCAGCGCCGAGGACGGCGAGCAGCAGCCCGCAGAGAUCGAGUCCCUGUGCAUGAAUUGCUUCCGCAACGGAGUGACGCGGCUCCUGCUCACCAGGAUCCCCUUCUUCAAAGAGAUCAUCGUCAGCUCCUUCUCCUGCGACAGCUGCUCCUGGUCCAACACGGAGAUCCAGUCAGCGGGCAGGAUCCAGGAGCAGGGUGUGCGCUACACCCUGGCCGUCGCCUCCCGCCAGGACAUGAACAGGGAGGUGGUGAAGACCGACUGUGCCUCAGCUCGAAUUCCAGAGCUGGACUUUGAGAUCCCUGCCUUCAGCCAGAAGGGAGUCCUCACCACCAUCGAGGGCAUCAUUGACAGAGCUGUGGCAGGCCUGGAGCAGGACCAGCCCGCCCGCAGGGCGACCGACAAGGAGGUGGCCAGGAAAAUAGACGAGUUCAUUGGGAAACUGAGGCAGCUGAAAGAAGUCAAUUCCCCCUUCACCUUUAUCCUCGAUGAUCCCUCCGGGAACAGCUUUGUGGAGAACCCCCACGCGCCGCAGAGGGACGAGGCUCUGGUGGUCACUCACUACAGGAGGAGCCCCCAGCAGUCUGCUCUGCUGGGACUGGAGGGAGAGGAGGUGGAUGCAAAGCCGCGGGAUGCUGCCGAGGACCUGAGGGAUGAGGUCCUGCAGUUCAACACCAACUGCCCCGAGUGCAACGCCCCGGCCAGCACCAACAUGAAGUUAGUGCAAAUCCCACACUUUAAGGAAGUGAUUAUCAUGGCCACCAACUGUGACUCCUGUGGACACAGGACCAACGAGGUGAAGUCUGGAGGAGCCAUCGAACCGCGAGGCACCAGGAUCACCCUCCGCAUUACGGACCCUUCCGACAUGACCAGGGAUAUCCUGAAGUCGGAGACGUGCAGCGUGGAGAUCCCAGAGCUGGAGUUCGAGCUGGGCAUGGGAGCACUGGGGGGGAAGUUCACCACGCUGGAGGGGCUGCUGAAGGACAUCCGUGACCUGGUGGAGAAGAACCCCUUCACUCUGGGAGACAGCUCCACACCAGCAAGGACAGGGAAGCUGCAGGAGUUCAUUGGGAAGCUGCAGGACAUCAUAGAGGGGAAGACCCAGGCUCACGUCAUCAUGGAUGACCCUGCAGGCAACAGUUACCUCCAGAACGUGUACGCCCCGGAGGAGGACCCGGAGCUGCGCGUGCAGCGCUACGAGCGCACCUUUGAGCAGAACGAAGAGCUGGGCCUGAACGACAUGAGAACAGAGGGCUACGAGACAGAGGUGGCCUCGGGCCGGUAGCGGGGGCAGCGCAGCCCUCCCAGCCCGCUUCCCCAGCUGCCGCAGGAACCGGGACUUGUGUGGGACCAGGACUCUGCUCGCCUUCCCGCGGCCAGGGCAGCGGGGCUGGGCCUCAGGGCCCCCCCUGGGGGGAGGUGUCGAUGUUGCCGGGGCCGGGGGGUGGAAGCGGAGGCGGUUCCCCAAUAAAGCUGUUGCUGGC